CAGCCAGGCAGCAGCAGCAGCAAGCAGCAGGCAGGCAUGCAGGCAAUAGCUUCGUGUCAUGCGCACUCGCAUGAAAUUGGCGCAAGCGCUUAUCUGACACCGCGCCGCGGUGAUUGGUCAGUUGUCAGUUGGUCACUUUCAGUCGGGCUCUGACUCUGACGUGCGCAGCGUGAAGAUGUUGAAUGUUGCUCAGUGGCUGCGUUUGCGGUCGCGCGUACCUAUACACUAAAAUCAGGGUGAGCUAUCUUUCGCGACGACGCGCGACGUUCGCAAACCGUCGAAAAGUUACACGUUUCAAAGGCUUCCACUUGAAUGUCAACGUAAAAAAGGCGUAAGACGAAGAACGCGCGUCUGAUAGUCUCCUUUCGCGGUGGUCACGACGGUCGCGGUGGUCGCGGUAAACCGCCGCAACGUUCACGUGUGUUCUGGCCUGAUUGACCGGUAUACCGUAUCUCAAGCUUCGGAACGAUGAGACUUCCGCGGAUGUUACUCGUCAUCGCCUACUUGCUGCGAUGUCACAUCGCUCGUUCGAUAGCCGCACCGACGAGAGCUACGAGUCCGGUUUUGUUGGGUGAAGUCGCUAUUACGCUUCAGGACGAUGUCACAACGCAGGAACCUAUUCUUAAAAAAUGCAUCGUAGACGGAAAUGCCUAUUCUCACAGCCAAACGAUACCAUCUUACGACAUAAAUUCUCAUUGCCUAUGCGUCGUCGGUGAAGUUUACUGUUGGUGGCAGAAUUAUAAUCCGACCAGCGCUCCAUCGCUCGGCUUGUCUUCCUUGCGAUCGACCGUGAUGGAGAGCAAUUACACUUCAUCUCUAGAAAUGAAUACGGACAUUGUGGACGACUUUGAAGCUUCCGGAGAUUUUGAUUCAUCGAUUGGCCAACAAGGACAUGUAGAAACUAAUGCCACCUUGUCGAUUACGUCUCCUGUACCGAUUACUUGUCUCGUCAUGGGGAGAGAGUAUCGACAAGGUGAGACUCUACCGCACUCGACCGGGAACUGCGUCGAAUGCAGCUGCGGUUCCGAAGGGCGCGUCGAAUGCUCACCGAGGGAUUGCGUGGCACUGCGACCUGAGAUUUUGGUCGCACCCGAUAUACCCGAGGCGCCCGACAGCGACUUUGAAGUUUUCAACUUAGCGCGGGAUCGAGGCAUCGAUGAAAGUUUCUAAAGCAUUUGAUAACGACUCACCCGCCGAAUCGUAAAAACUUGCUUGCCUUUGAUUAUCGCAAUAUCGUUAACGUUGUUGAAAGACCAAUCGAUAGGAAGUCAUUUAAUUGACGCAAUUUAAAAGAUUAUUUGAAAGAGGUUAAUUAAUAUUGAUUCUUUCAUGGCAGGCGAAAAUCGAAUAGUUGAUGAAUUGAAUGAAAAAAAAGAAAGCGAAAAAUUAUAAAAUAAUUUCAUAAAAAAGGCCAAUUAUAGUUUGUUGGCUGUCUUGAUAAACAAACCAGAUCCAUCUCAAAACCUAUCGAGUUUCAAAUCUCUACUAUGAAGACUAGAGAUAGGAGUAUCAACCCGCGUGCAGAAAAUAUUAAUCUCAUUGUCCGGAAAAUGUCAUCGCUCAAUGGUGCUGUAUAAGCAAACUCGACCUAUUUUGUCCUACAACUUGGAGUAAUGACGAUGGUAGAAUAAUGUCUAAUUCGUAUGCUUUAUCAGUUUGGUUACGUAUAAUCUUUUCACGUACAUAUGCAAAAGUACAAUAUUGCGCUGUAUGAUUCAAUGUAGCUGCACUUGUAAAUAAUGGCGCCAGCUAAUAGCGACAUUUUUUUGUUUCACCCUUUCCACGCUCUUGGUCUCUAGUCUGCAUGUGUGAUCUCAUGUAUUUUAAAUAUAAUUUUAUGUUUAAAAAUGAUAAAUUAUUUGAAUAUGAGCUUAUACUUACACGAGUUUGCACUUGACGAAUUUUCAUGUUAAGUAAUGAUUGUAAUUUUUUUUUAUCGUAGGGAAGAAUCGCCUUCUCUCAAUUGAGGACGUGCCUUCAGUUUUUGGUGUUAUAUAUUCAAUCAAAACGGCAUUGAAGGCAUAGUCCUAGAACAUAGAAUAUCUAGUCUAGAUAGUUUCUAUAAAACCCUCAAUGAGUGAGAACAGAGAGCCUGUUUGCCUAAAUUUUAUUUUUACGUAACUUUACUGAUAUUUUUUUCUUAGCUACUAAUAAAUGGAUAAUUUCCAACGUAAUGAAUGCUUUCCAUGUAAAAAGCCAAUAUAUAUUGAUAAUUUUAAUAUAUUUAUUUCUCUAUUUUAUCAAUUUUAAAAGACAGAGCUUAUUAUACUUUCCACGUAAAUUUUGAUGAUUUUCUUAUUGUUAAUCUGGAUUUGAAUCGUAGAUAUAUUUUUAGUUAUAUUAGUAGUUAAUGAUUUAUUUAAAAGAUUUGUAUUUGUAUAGAUACAAAAAUGUUUUUGUAGACAUCGGCCUAUAAAUCUAUAAAUUAUAUAAUCACAAUAUGCAAAUAUGUACAUCGGUUCGUCAUAUAUAGACCAGUAGUUGAGAAAAACAAUCUUACUGACAAUGAGUUUAAUUGCGAUUAAUCGAUUAUGCAAUAUAAUUCGACUUACAGAAUAAUUUUUGUCAUAUCUCUAUCAUAUCAUAUCCUAAUCAGCCUACAGUCAAAUAUUCUAGUCGAGAUCGUAUAAUUUAUUUCAUUUUAUAUAUAUAUAUACUUACGAUAGAGUGAUGUCAACGAGUAAUGAAAACCCCCAGUAACAAUAAUUUAUAUGAUAUAUAGAGAUACAUGAUAUAUAUAAGAGAUUGACGAGAGCGAUAUAGACUUAAAUUAAACGGUAAUCCCUUUAUACUAUUUAUUCCCAAGACUUGGAAAUUAUCGUUGUUCCUAUGACCGGCAACUCCACUCUAGACGCCAUUUUUUUGUAAUCGAUAUUAGCAAUGCCAGAGAUGCUGCAUUAUUGAUCAUGAUAUUCUCGCUAAUUCCAAUAGUAGUUUAGCAUAUACGAUAUUGUUAUUCUCGAUCGCUAGCAGACGUAUAUUGUGCGAAAGCCGAUCGUAAAAGAUGACUUUCGAAUCUUGCAUUACAUUAAGACUCGGGUAAAUUUCAAACUGUUUGAUUACUUUGUGUGUGCAACUGCCUGUGCGCAGAUAUGUGACUAUUGGUAGAGGUACUCGAUAUUUUCUGCUUCUUAAACUUUUUAUAUUAAAGUUGUACAAAAGUUAUCCGGACUCCCCUCUCUCCGAACUUCUUAUUCUAAAUAUACUAAGAUACAUAUUACAUUCUUAUAUAAAAACUAUUUCGACAAGUAUGUUAUAGAUAUACCAUUCAAAUGCCGUAGCUUGUAUUCUCAUCGCAUAUUCAGCAUUCAUGCAUGGUAGAUCUUUUGUUUUAUAUAAAUUCCGUUUUUUAUAUAUAAGAGCAUCUCAUUUGACGACUCAUAAUUUAUCACAAAAUUUAAGAUAGUAUCCUAUUUAUAAAUUUUAUAUGUCGUGCAUUACAGAAAACAUUUGAGCAUGUAAAAUACAUAUAUAAAUCAAAAUAUAUGUAUAUUAUAUAUAUGUAUAGAAGACAUUAAAACAUGUGAUGUGUUGAAUUAUAAAUAGAAUACUGUCUUCAAUUUUGUCGCGAAUUAUAGAUCGUCUAAAGAGCUCUUAAAAUAUUCUUAUGUGUAAAGUAAAUAAAUAUUUAUUCAAUGCUUAAUGCGUGAUGAGUGUACGUAGCUAUUAGAUUAUACAGCCAACUGGAAUAAUCACAUUAUUGAAGAGAAAAUAGCAUAUAUAAUCUCCCGACAUAUAUAUAUAUACAUAUAAUAUCUUUCGACUCAACAUGUGUGCACAAUAUUAUAUAUUUAUAUUCCAUAUAUAAAUUCGUACAAUAAUAUUCGUACAUACAGUAGAAUAUUACAUGUAUAUUAUAUACAUGCAUAUUAUAUAGAUUAUCCAAAGAAUCAAGUAUUAAGAGACAACGUUGUAUGCAAUCCGCGUAUAAUAAUGUAAAAUUAAAACUAAUUGAUGAAACUGCAAUUUUAUAUAGGCAAAUCGCGACGUUUACUUUUAUAAUUACACCUUUUGCGUUAAGUUUUGUAAACUCUCUUUAGCUAGUUUCGAAGAUUGCAUAUAUACUUUGUACGACUCGUGAUUAUAAAAAAAUAACCGCGCGCACGGUGUUCCGGUUGUUAUACAACUUUUUCGUAUAGCAAUGUUGGUGAUUUAUAAUGCCUUUGUUAAACAAAUAAAGCAUAUUUCUAGAGUAUUUUAUUAUAUCGGAAGAUUAUUCUUCAACGUGAAGUAGUCGUAUCGAGAAAUAAGUUUAGUGUCCCUCUUUGUAGCUAAAAGGACCCAUAAAAAAAAGUGAUGACAAAUAGUUGUAUACUUUUAUGACCACAAUGAUGAUAAAAAAAUCGAUUAUUUAUGGAUAGUUACAUAGAUGGGUAGUGUCUAAUGUGAUAUACAUAUAUAUACACACACAUAUCCCGAAAAUAACUUUGUCUAACAAUUUACAAGUUUAGGCCGGAAAAUUUGAUCUCUCUUUCAUGUGCCAGGGCUAAUCGAACAUCUAGUUGCCGUUAUUCGUUUCAAGUAGAGGAUAGAACACGCACAGAAAUACAAAUCGACAAUGUUUGUGUGUGGUUGAGUGUUUGUUAACAAUUGAAGGAACAAAUAAAUAAAGGAAUGAAAAUUAAAUGUUGCACUCUUUGGUGUUUGUUAAAUUGAUUUAGAAAUUAUGUUGAUGGUCUUAUAUAAAAAAAUCCAAUCGGUAAGAAAUCCUGUUAAAGAGAUGAAGAAUAGAUCAAAUGAAAUAAGUAAAGAAAAAGAUUUUUACAGCAUCAAAAAAUUAUCGAGAUAUUGAUAUAGAAGUAUUCAGAACUUUAAUUGUAAUGUCUAGUAAUACAUAUAUUCUCUUUUAAAUUUUCGAUUUGUUCCAUGCGUAAAUCAAAAUUAAUACCUAAAAAUAGAACUUAAAACAGUUUUUGAUUCGCCUACUUGUUGCAUAAAAGAUAUCAGUUUCACCUGCUUGUUCCUUCAAUUAUCGCACUUAUUCAACAUUUAUCAAUCUGCCUAUAUAUAUCUUGUCUGAUUUUGAAACCUAUAGUUUCUAUGUUUAAGAAAGUAAUCGCCAAUGUAUGUUGGAUUGUUACGAAGGAAAAACGUAGUUCUGGGAAAAUAAUAUUUUUGAAUAUCCCUCUUUACAAGGAUUAGUUGUGAAAUUAAUUAUAGAAUAGCUUUCAGCACCAAUUAUCGACAAUCCACAUUUGUCGAAUCGACCAUUUAGUAUGCGGUGCACUCCUUGUGUGCUUGUAAGUUUUUUAAAGAAAUUCUUGUAAGAUGAAAAUAGCACAUUAUCGCGGGACCAUCUAUGUGGAAAUGUAUCACUCAUUGCUUUUGUUCACAUUUGUAUAAUGGAUAUAUCUCGUAUGUCUUCCAAUCAUCUUAAGCGCGAUAUUGUGUUUAUAAUGUAUUCCUGCGAUUAUAUGUCAUUACAAAACAACACAGUUGUAUUCCAAAUAAAGAAAGAUCUCACAAUGUGUGUAGAUGUUUAUAUUUUGCCAUCUUUUGCAAUUUAUAUAGUGA